GGAGAACAACGCUUUAGCGAAUAAAGACGGCGUGGGAAAUGUGCGAUUUCGACCUGUGCGCUAAAGCAGCGAAAAACAGCGGUUCAAAGAAAAGAUAUGCACAAAACAGGCCUUGCAUUCUUCAGUAGCUUGUAAAUAACAUGUGACUGGCCGAAUCCAGGAGAUAAGGAGCUGAGAACAGACAGCCAGGCGCCUGUCAGGUGCAAAAGAAAAACAGAAUAACAGAUCUUGCGGGGAACACAAAUCAGGUGAUGAUUGGGGAAUAAAAGAGCCUCCCCUUUUAACAAGAAAUACUAUAUAUUCAGAAAAUUCUGUAAUAAAGUGGAUUCUGUACUUGCAUCCUACGGAGUCCGUGCCUAUCUUACACCACAAAUGGCGCCCAAACAGGGACUUGAAGAAUAGAAGGACUUGAAAAAUAGAACAGGGACUUGAAAAACCGAAGAAGGAAAGGCAGUGCGGAUAAUUACCGGUGGUGUACCCCUGCGUAGCUGGACGGAGGAAAUUGCACUGCACCGAGCGCUCAUAUUCAUCACCGGUCACUGGACGACACAGCUGAGCAGCCGCGGGGAAGUUUUUUAGACUGUUGUUUUUUCAUUAUGGGACAGUCAGCGACUCGAGAACAGAAGUUGCAUACAGAGAAUUUACAACGUAUUUCACGAGAGCAAGGUUUUAAGGUCGCUCCGCUGCAGUUGGUGAGGUUGCUUGUAUGGAUUCGGGACUAUUGUCCGUGGUUCCCUGUUAAAGGCUCAUAUGAUCUCACUCAAUGGCAGAAGGUUGGAGAGGAGCUGCAAGCUAAGCAGCUUUUGUAGUUGGAGCUCCCCGAUGAUAUAUUGAUUACUUGGCGUGUGGUUUAUACUGCUCUCAGGACUGUGCUACCUGCUGAACAGGUAUUGCAGAAAGUGAAUAACUCCAUAUUACCACCCGCUGAGACAAAUACGAAAAAAGAAUCUCGUUCGUUUGAAUUAAUAGAUCCUGAGUUGGAGUCAGACUAUGCUGAGGUGGUGACUGAACCCCCGAUGUCGGAGGGUGGAGCAGACCCUGGGGAUCCUUUUGAUCCAGGUCCCAUUGACCCCGAAUGAGAGCCGGAUUUUUAUCCCCCUCUUACUCCUGUAAAAGCGAUGGCUGCUUCUGCCCCCACAGCAGAAGAGAUUUUGCAACAACAGAGACAAAAGACUCUCUCACAGAUAUCCCUGACGCCCACCCCCCCCACCCCCCCCACUUGGCGCGCGCCCGCCCCCUUCUGCACCCCCACCCCUCCCCUCGAGUUACCCAUUACAAGGAACUGUUCAGUCUGGAAUCUCGGGUGGACUAGUUGACAAGUGCCGGACAGAGGCACUAAAAAGAGGGGACAUAUCACUUCUUCAAGCCAUGUCUGUGUUGUAUCAACCGAAUAGACCCCCCGAAUAUGUUCAUUUACCAUAUGAUGUAAUAAAGGAGGUCCGCAAAUCGAUAAAGGAGUAUGGUUUGCAGGCAUCAUUCACAAUGAACUUGUUACAGGUUAUAGGGGAAUCUUACGUACUGACACCCUUAGAUUGGAAAUCCAUCCUACGUCUUGUGUUGUCUGCAGCACAGUACUCUGUGUGGUUUUCAGAAUACCGUGAGCUGGUGCAAAUUCAGGUGAUGAACAAUUUAACGGCAGGAAUUGCUAUUGGUCUUGAUGAAUUAAUGGGAGAAGGUCAUUAUGCUACCGGGAUAGCACAGGCUGGACUAUCACAGAAUGUUCUUACCCAAGCCACAGGGUUAGCCUUGAGGGCACUCCGACGGGUGCCGGAUUUCGGCAAGCAAGAGUCGUCAUUUGCUUCCGUUCGUCAGGGACCUCAGGAGCCGUACAUACAAUUUUUGGAUCGUUUACAAACUGCUAUACAGAGACAGAUAGACUCUUCUGAAGCAGCAGAAUUGUUAUUGUUGCAGCUCGCUAUUGAGAAUGCAAACACGGACUGCAGGCAAGCCAUUGAUCCUAUUCGUAAUCACGCCAAAACUUUGAAUGAUCUUACUGGAGCAUGCCAAAAUGUGGGCUCUGAGCAACAUAAGGCAGAUAUGCUAGCUGCUGCCUUAGCUCAGCAGUUGGCAGUUGCACGAGCUGCUACUAAAUGUUUCUCCUGCGGUCAGGAAGGGCAUGUGAAGAAAGAUUGUCCAAAAGCGAGAAGAGGAGGACGAGGACAAGGAGGGCAGGGAAGACAACUCGCUCGAUUAUGCCCUCGUUGUCAAAAGGGAUACCAUUGGGGUAAUCAAUGUCAUUCUAAGUUUGAUAAACAGGGCAAUCCACUCCCUGAGAAUACCUCGGGAAACGGGAGGACAUUCGCAUGUAUAUCCACAGUCUAUAUGACUUGCUACUACAAUGAGUACUCUAAAUGACUUACAGAAGUUGUUGGGGACAAUUAACUGGCUUCGACCACUGUUGGGAAUAAUGACACACGAACUGUCCCCCUUGUUUUCGUUGUUGAAGGGGAAUCCUGAACCAACUUCUUCUAGACAAUUUACAGAAGCAGCCCAAUCAGCGCUGCAGACAGUGAUAGAUAAAAUUAAUUUUACAUUUGCUUAUUGAAUUUCUCUGCAAUUGCCAGUUUGAUUGUUUAUCAUUUAUCAUUCCUUUCAACCAUAUGCUCUCCUAGGUCAGUGGGAUGAGAAGGUGCGGAAGGAAGAGCAUGCUUUACGCAUUUUGGAGUGGUUAUUUUUGCCACAUUCUUUUGUGAAAACAUUGACCACUGCCCUAGAAAUGAUUGCUAGACUUCUUUCGCAGGGUUGUUUGAAAUGUCAACAAUUGACGGGACAAGAUCCUACCUUCCUUCAUCUACCAUUAGCCAAAGAAUUUCAUGUUGUAUUGUGUAAUAGUUUGACUUUUCAGGCUGCAUUGGCUGAUUAUACUAAUGUUAUUUUGUAUUCUUUGCCACGCCAUCGUUUAUUAGGUUGUCUGCACUGUUUACCUCUUCAACCACGGUCUUUGUUGAGUUCUGUUCCUCUACAAAAUGCUUGUACUGUGGUUAUCGAUGGUUCUGGCAAAACAGGUAAGGCUGCAGUUGUAUGGCGUCAAGCAAACUGCGAGGAGUGGGCUUCAGAUGUUUCUCACUUAUCUGGAUCGACGCAGAUUGUAGAGUUAGCUGCAGCAGUCCGUGCCUUUGAGUUAUUUUCUAAGGAACCUCUUAAUAUCGUUGCAGAUUCUGCAUAUGUUACAGGUAUUGUUCAGUGCUUAGAAUCCACUUUUAUACGAGAGGUAGACAACAAACAGUUGUGUGAUUUAUUGUUAAAGCUAGCCCAACUUUUAAAAAUAAGACAGCAUUUUUAUUUCAUUGUCCAUAUUCGUUCUCACACUAACUUACCAGGACCCCUUGCUGAAGGUAAUACAAUAGCAGACCAAUUUACAAUGGCUGCGGUUUUUCCUCGACGUUUUGAUCAGGCAAAAUUAGCUCAUGAAUUUUUCCACCAAAACGCACACUCAUUACGAAAGCACUUCUCUUUAACUACCGCACAGGCUCAAGAUAUAAUUCGAGCAUGCUCGGAUUGUCAGCGCCUGUCCCCUUUGCCAGUUUUGCCAAGGACUAAUCCCAGAGGUUUAAAUGCUAAUGAUUUGUGGCAAUAGACGUCACACAUAUUUCUUCUUUUGGACGCCUUAAGUAUGUUCAUGUUUCUAUUGACACCUUCUCUGGUUUUCUGGUAGCCACUGCCCAUUCCGGAGAACGUGCCAGAGAUGUUGUGAAGCAUUUUUUAAGAUGUUUUGCGACCACAGGGGUCCCAUGGAAAGUUAAAACAGACAAUGGCGCAGCUUAUGUUUCUCGACGUUUUCUGUUAUUCUUACAGGAUUGGGGAGUUGAACAUAUUACUGGAAUUCUGCGUUCCCCUACUGGUCAAGCAAUAAUAGAACGUGCCCACCGUUCUUUGAAAUCUAUUUUUGAUAAACAAAAAAGGGGGAAUCCAGUAGGGACAACACCACAGGAAAUAUUAGACAAAGCUACUUAUGUUUUAAAUUUUCUUAAUCUAUCUGGAUCUAAGCAAUAUAGUUCCGCAGUAGAUAGACAUUUUAGAACUGAGGAAUCCUCUACCAUGAAGCCUCAGGUGUUUUAUAAAAAUUUGGAAUCUGGUCAAUGGGAAGGACCGGUCCCCUUGCUUACCUGGGGACGGGGAUAUGCUUGUGUUUCUCUUCCCUCAGGUCCCUGUUGGAUCCCUGCAAGAUAUGUAAAGCCAGCGCAAGUGAAAAUGCAUACUGAAGAUGAACAGGACGAUAAGAAACACCAAGAUGAUGUUGCAUCUGGGAUUGAUCAACCUCAAAAUUAAGAUAUGGUGGUUUAUAGAAUUGCAGAUGUAUUAUAAUGAUAGUUUUAACACAUCAGAUUUAUCUUUUUUCCCGGCUCAUUCAAAUAUUUGGCAGAUGGGCCUUUCCUUUUUUAAGUGACAAUUAUAUCAAGUACUAAUGAUGGAGAACGCAACUAAGGCUAAUGUAACGCUUUUGUCUGAAGCAGAAAUCAUGGUCUGCACAACCCAUCCUUAUCUUUUGCUCUAACCUCCAAUGCUACUAUUCUAUCAUGUAAUGGAUCUUUUUGUAUUACUCUGUCUUCACCAGACUUUAGGAGUUGUAUAACUUUUAGCGAUUUAUAAAAUAAGUCUUAUCUCGACUAACAUAAAUAUAAGGCCUUGUGUGUCACGUCUCUUCUAUGGAAUGACACCCAGCAUGAUUGGAAUUGUGGAACAACAUUUACAAGCACAUUUGAUUUAUCUCUUCAACAUAAUAUUCAAUCUUUACAUGAUCAAUUGGGGGACCAAAUUAAAAAAUUACGGGAACUAAUGAGUCAAAGUAUAUUCGACACAUUAAAAAAUGACCUAUCAUGGCUAAAUCUGAAAACUUGGUUUAGUGGUUUAAAUUUUUGAAUGGGGGUUUUUUAUUGGCAUAGGCACUGUGUUGUUUUUCUUGUUCUUGGUGGUUUUUUUUACAGAUUCUACGGUUGGCUAUCUGACGAGUGCAGAAGAUAGAGGCACGUGUUAUGGACACACUGUUGCUCAACGGGGUUGUCAUAAACAAAAAAGGGGGAGAUAUGGAGAACAACGCUUUAGCAAAUAAAGAUGGUGUGGGAAAUGUGCGAUUUCGACCUGUGCGCUAAAGCAGCGAAAAACAGCGGUUCAAAGAAAAGAUAUGCACAAAACGGGCCUUGCAUUCUUCAGUAGCUUGUAAAUAACAUGUGACUGGCCGAAUCCAGGAGAUAAGGAGCUGAGAACAGACAGCCAGGCGCCUGUCAGGUGCAAGAGAAAAACAGAAUAACAGAUCUUGCAGGGAACACAAAUCGGGAGGCUUAGCAGCAGUGUUGAAACACCAUUCUGUCCCUGCAAGUGGAUCCAGGCAAAUUUUCUACAGUUAAAAGCAGGAGGAGUUUUCCUACAUGCUUCCUGACACCUUCUCAUUCAAUAAAGCUGCUCUGACAAAACAGCUGACACCUCUAAAAGCAGCCAGCUGUGAUACAACGUGGUCGCAGGAGAAGAAGAAAAAGGAGGAAAGGGAGAAACACCCUCUCUUUAUUCUAUCACUGCCAGUGCUGGUCAAAGCAAAGCGCUCUUCUUCAGUCAUUCUUCCUAAUUCAAUCAGUGCGGCACAGUGCUACUGAGCUGUACACAGGUGGCAACAGGGAGAGUGGAGUGCUUGCAUUUGUCUUGCCUUGGACAGAAACCUUCUGUGAAGAACGCAUCCCCGUCUGCCAGACAGCAAGGAGAAAGCAGACCUCACUGUCCAUCCCACCACAGCUGCCCACAUCUGUGCUGAUUUAUGCAGGGCUUGUGGGAGCUGUAUCCUCUUGGUGAUUUUACAGCUUUUGGUGCUGUGUUUUUAGUGUGCAUAAGCAGGUAAGUCCAUACGGAAUGGGUCAAUGCAAUGUUAGCUGUGCCGUGCUGGCACCGUGAGUGAUCGUAGCUGAUGUAGGGGCUGUUUGCUGACACGGGUGAGCAUAGGUUCGGAAAUAAAGAGCUAAUGUGAAAUGGGAAUGUUAGCUGAAGAUAUCAAUUCAUCAAAGCGUAUACACUGGAGGCGAGAUGAAAAUAUUGAAUCAUUCUCCUUGGGAUUACUUUUGAAGUCCGUUGCUCUAUAAUUUUGUUCCAUUUUCAGCUUUGCAGAAAAGGACCUGGCAGCUGUGGAGGAUGAGUUGAACAACAGUCAGCAGGGUGCUCUUGCAGCAAAGGUGGUCAAACACAUUCUGGGCUGUAUUAACAAAUUUGUAGCCAGCAGGACCAGAGAAAAGAUUAAUUGUCUGUCUCUGGCACUCAUGAGGUUUUGUCUGAAGUGCCGUGUCCAGUUUUGGACAAGAAGGAGUUGACCAGCUGGAACUCAUCUGCCUGAGGGCCACCGAGCCUGAUUGAGAGCUGGAGAGCAUGAUACAUGAGGAGAGGCUGAGGGAGGUGGGUUUGUUCAGUCCAGAGAAGAAAAGGCUUGGUGGGACAUCAAAUUGCUGUCUUCACCUGUCUCGUGGCAUGAUUUUAGGAUGCUCAAUAUGCAGUUCUCUGGUUAUCAGAGCUGUCUACAUUUGCAGAACCUGUGCUCCUGUCACACAGUGGCCACUUGUAGGAACUGAGACACGUUAAUCACACUUUAGGUUUGAGGCAAAACCGAGAGGGAAAGAACAGCCAUUACCACUGCCAAACAGUGUGUAGGAUAUUGCUACUGGGAAGUUACAGCAUUGCACCUCCAGAUGGAUCCUGGCAAUCUAUCUUAACCUGCAAGGAAGAUGAAUACGUGAUUUCAGUCCCACUAUGUCAGGGACAAGAAGCAGUGACUUUUUUCACUACCGUAUCCAGCCAUUUCAGGACAAUUCAGUUAAUAUUUAUGUCCGGAGAUUUCGUACAUCAUUCAUCAUCUCCUGUUCCUAUUCUCAAGCUGGGCUGACUGAUUUGAAACUGUACUGAGUGGAGGCACUUGGGAUGAAGUGGUAUGAGUUCCUAUUGUGCAGUUGUCCUUCCUUCACCCGUUCUUGAGGAAGUUUUCCACUUAGAAGGGACGGAAGAGCCAUGGCAUAGCCACGAGCAGAAACCCAGAGGAACCCAGGACAGACAUCCCAGCUGGUGAGUCCCUGUGGCUCAGCGGAGCACCGUGUAAAUCUGCCAGCCUGGGUUGCGAGGCUUCCUGGCAGGUCUGUCCAGCUGAGGCAGAGCACACACUGGCGUAGCUGACCCUGCUUCUGGUUGCAGUGAUGGCUCCCGCAGAGCUAACUGAAGCAUCUCUGCAUGCCGCUUCUGGGGUUUACCCACUGUGGUUACCAGCUUGGGACUUUCCAGGCUGAUCUACCUUCAGGAAACUUGAGCUGUCCUGAGCAGAAUGCAGUAAAAUUGUUAGUCAACAAAGGAUAUGGAAAUUGAAGCUUUACGUGUACACAUCGGAGAGGUGCCUGGCUGAUGAAGGAAAAGUGAUCCCCGGGCCUUUGGACUGAAUCUGUUUCUCUAUUUUUGGUGCCCGCCCCUCAGCUGCACGGUGGUAGCAGUUAUCAAUCUCCUGAAGCAAAAAAUUAAGCUCUGAAGUCAGUCGGGUGGAG